UCUGUGUUGAAAACUCAAUAGAACUCUCAACUCAAACAUGGGAACAACGAGAAGCAGCCUCUCUGCAUUCUUUCUUGUGUGUACGAUCUUGGCCGUACACGUGGCACUUUCAUCAUCAUCUACCUUUGAUUUCACUGACAACCAGCUCAGCUCCUUCUUCCUCCCGUUGGAUUCCGGUUGCCGUGGAUCCAUCGCCGAGUGCAGCCUUCUCGCCGGAGACGAAGAUGAUACCGAGUUUCUGAUGGACUCUGAGAACAGCCGGCGCAUAUUAGCUGGAAGAAGGUACAUUAGCUAUGGUGCGCUGAGGAGGAACACUGUCCCUUGCUCACGGCGUGGUGCUUCCUAUUAUAAUUGUCGGCCCGGUGCUCAGGCUAAUCCCUACCGUCGUGGAUGCAGUGCCAUCACCCGAUGCAGGCGUUAAAAUCCCUUUUCUUAUUUCCACUUCAUUUAUUUUUAUUUUUUUAUAUAUAUUUUUGUAAUUGAUUAUAAUAGAUCGAUCUUGUUAUCUAUGUACUACUAGUACUAGAGAAAGAGAAGUAGUAGCAGUAUAGUUGAAUAAAAUCAGUUUUAAGUCUAGUUCCAUCGGUAAAAAUGAUGUUGAUAUCUUUAGAUCGAAGUUCAUAUCUCAUGUCCAAAUUUUAUAUUGUGUGAAUUUUUUGUGGUAAUUAUAUAUUCCAUUUAAUUUUAGAUA